AUGGACAGGACCGCGGUGGCGAAGAUGGGAGCGGUGGCCAGCGCCAGCGUGUGCGCCCUGGUCGGCGGGGUGGUGCUGGCCCAGUACAUCUUCACCAUGAAGAAGAGGACGGGUAAGAAGACCAAGAUCAUCGCGAUGAUGCCAGAAUUUCAGAAGAAGACUGUCCAUAUUAAGGACCCAGGGAGAGUAGAGGAGAUUAUUUGUGGCCUCAUCAAAGGUGGAGCUGCCAAACUUCAGAUUAUUACAGAUUUUGAUAUGACAUUAAGUAGAUUUUCCUACAAUGGAAAAAGAUGUCCAACUUGUCAUAACAUCAUUGAUAACUCUAAGCUCAUCACAGAGGAAUGUCGGAAAAAGUUAUUGCAGCUGAAAGAAACCUAUUAUGCUAUUGAAAUUGAUCCAGCUCUCACUAUUGAAGAAAAAUAUCCAUACAUGGUGGAAUGGUACAAUAAGUCCCAUGCACUACUCAUUGAACAAGGCUUACAAAAAGAUAAGUUUGCAGAAAUUGUGAGGGAAUCUGAUGUUAUGCUGAAGGAAGGAUAUGAGAACUUCUUCGAUAAGCUCAGUGAACACAAUAUCCCUGUGUUCAUAUUUUCUGCUGGGAUUGGGGACAUCCUUGAGGAAGUUAUCCACCAGGCCGGGGUCUACCAUUCUAAUGUCAAAGUGGUUUCCAAUUUCAUGGAUUUUGAUGAAAACGGAAUAUUAAAAGGAUUUAAAGGAGAAUUGAUUCAUGUUUACAACAAACAUGAUGGUGCCUUGAAGAACACAGAGUACUUCAAACAACUAAAAGACAACAGUAAUAUCAUACUGCUGGGUGAUUCUCAAGGAGACUUGAGUAUGGCAGAUGGAGUAGCAAAUGUUGAGCACAUUCUUAAGAUCGGCUAUCUCAAUGAUAAAGUAGAUGAGCUUUUGGAAAAAUAUAUGGACUCUUACGAUAUUGUCUUGGUGAAAGACGAGUCCCUGGAAGUUGCCAACUCCAUCCUACAGAAAAUCCUGUAAACUGCAGUCUCAAGUCACUCCAUUCCUUCUAGGAGGCAACAGAAAAGCACACGUGUGCCAUCUUCGAUGUGUUUAUUAUGCAUUUACAGAACUGUUUAAUUUAAUUUAAAACUUUUAUCUUCAUUUUGGUAUUUUGAAAUAUAUAUGGUAUCCACUGUCAACUAGAAGCUCCUUUUACUGCUCUUAUGCUGUUCUUUACUGUCUCACACUCCUGUUAUAACUAGAUUUACAUCGGAUUUAUAGCUGUGAUAAACUGCUGCUGAUGGGAUACUAUGGUUCACUGUCUUUUAAUCGGGCAUUUCAGAGAAGCAUUUUAGCAAAUGUGGCUAUUUUGUAAAAUUGAAGACGUAAACGUUCUGUGAAUAAGCAGCGUGCGCGCUUGUGUUGCGUUUUCUUCUUUCGAAGACAUUUCAGUCUCAGCUAUACUUGGAAGGAUCUUACUCAUAUGCUACAGACUUUCACAGAAGUUUUUCAUACAUAUAUUUUUCUUCAGUAAAAAUGCUUUAUUCACCCA